UUCAAAUCACAAUCAUAUAUAAAUGACAUCCACCGAUUCAUCGAUAUCAGUUCAGCACAAUCAGUUGAAGUGUUUUGUGUCUUUAAACAAAAAAUCAAAAUGAUGAAGGCUAUCGUUCUCGUUGCUUUUGCCGCAGUAGCCAACUGCGCUUUGUUGCCACACCAAGCACACCACGGAGCAUUCGCCAAAACAUUCGCACCAAAACCAACGUACCACAAUGGUCCUGUCCAAUCUGGUCCAGAUGCAUCUGCCCAAGUUUUGCGUAGCGAUUCAACUGUAAACACAGACUCAUUCCAAUAUGCUUAUGAAACAUCAAAUGGAAUCCAAGGACAAGAACAAGGUCAAUUGAAACAAAUUGGACCAGAAUCAGCCAUCGUCUCACAAGGUCAAUUCGCAUGGACCGCUCCAGAUGGUACACCAAUCCAAAUUUCAUUUAUUGCUGACGAAAAUGGCUAUCAACCAACCGGCUCAAUUUUGCCAGUUGGACCACCAACCCCAGCUCAUGUUUUGCGUCUUGUUGAAUACCUCAAAACUCAUGCCCCACAACAACAAGAAUCAUUCGGUGCCCAUGUUCAACCAUCAUUCGGUGCCCGUGUUCAACCAUCAUUCGGUGGCCGUGCUCAACCAUCAUUCGGAUUCUCUGGUUAAAUAUGAAAACAUUCCAUUUUAGCCACUGCUUCUAUCGUCGACUCUAAAUGAAUCUACUUGAGAAUGCAGCGAAAUUGAAUGAUUUAUUACAUUAACUUAAACCAUGGGAAAUACUCAUACAUUUUACAAUCUUCAAUAGCCAGGUUUUCUAAUUAAAAAAACAAACCUAUUGUAUAUGAAUUGCUGCGUAAAUACUCUCUCCGUAUAAAAAUUGAAAUCGUUACCAGAUAUGUGUUGCAUUCGAUGAUUACGAGUUAAUUUAAUAAAGUGAAUAUUUUGAACUUA